UAAUCGGGAAAGGGGGGUGGUCCAGGAAAAGAGAAUAAACUGUUCUUCGCAGUUCAGGUCCUCGGGUUUUCAAUUUCAAGAAGAAUAAACAAGAGCAAACUCAGUACACAGCAGCCCCGCGCCGGACUCUCACGAAGAACAGCUCGGCCCCAAGGCCGAGAGGCCGGGGAAGGCCGCCUCCGGAGGAGCCCCCGCAGACGCCAUACUAAAAGCCAAAAUGGCUGCCCCGAGGAAGCCCGUACCGCGUAGCUAGUAAGGGUUGGGGAACAAGCUUCAGCGGGAAAGGGGGAGGGGGACCCUAGGAAGACCCGUCGCAGGACCAUCAUCCCCCGAGCCGCACAGGUUCCAAUGACAGCCAUUCCUUGCUAUAACUUUUAAACUGUAUUUGGAAAAACACUGGCCAGGAAAAAAAAUGAUAAAAUUUUUCCUUAUGGUGAAUAAACAAGGCCAGACCCGACUUUCUAAGUACUAUGAGCAUGUGGAGAUUAAUAAGCGAACACUUCUGGAAACAGAAGUCAUAAAGAGUUGUCUCUCUCGAUCCAAUGAACAGUGCUCUUUUAUUGAAUAUAAGGAUUUUAAGCUGAUAUAUCGGCAAUAUGCAGCUCUCUUCAUUGUGGUUGGAGUUAAUGACACUGAGAAUGAGAUGGCGAUUUAUGAAUUCAUCCACAAUUUUGUGGAAGUUUUAGACGAGUACUUCAGCCGAGUGAGUGAACUAGAUGUAUCCUUUUUCAAUACUGUUUUCCACAGUAUUUGGCAAAGCAGAAGUGCCAUGGGGCAGGAAAACGGUUCAACAGAUUCCAGAAUGUCUGUCAUCAGCAACUGACAGGACAGCCAGAGCUCCUCCUAGGAUAUCUCAGAAGCAAAAUACGAAGUCCUAUAGAACAACGUCCUAUAUCUCCAAAAACCUUUUGAUGUGGUUUCACCACCGAGGCAACAGUGAAAAAUACGGAACUGUCUUUGUUAAAAGUAUUUAUAUAUACACUUAGGAGUGGGAGGACAGGUGCAAUGGAGGAGGACAGAGAGAGAAACAUUAAAAUAUCUUCCUAUGUAAUGUUUUAAGAGUUCUUUCAACUACAACACUCAGUUUUCCAAAAUAGGACAUAAAUGAACAUUCUAGGGACUAACUAUGCAACACUGCUAUUCUCUUUGUCUGAGGAAGGAAUGAGGAGGCUUUAAGCUCUUUAUCCUUUUCCAAAAGUCUAUGUGCAUAUUUCAGUUUUCAUCCACAAAGACCCAGAAAACUAGCCACAGUGGAUUCCCAAGGCAAACCUGAGUUGCUGUGGACUCAUCAAGAAGCAGAGGGAAAGCUUAUGGAGUGUGGGAACAAUAAGCUAGCUGUAGGGGUGUAAAGGUACAGCUUUGUAUUAAGUUGCCACGGUCUGAGGAAAGCCCGUCUACAUCAAUGUAAGCGCUUUGGAGGUCUUUCUGAGACACAUUAGUUGGGAAACACUGUCCUAGUUGGUAAGCAUUUAAUCAGCAGCACAUUCAGAUAAGUGCGAAACUGGUACACCAGAAGCAGCUAGGGAGUGAACAAAAUUAAUUUUUGGGUCACACCAAAAUAGUAGUGGAAUUACAUCUUGGCACAGAUUUUAGCACCUUAAGAGAAUAAUAAGCUUAAAAAAUAUUAGGUAGAUAUCACAGGAAAAAAUAUUUAAUAACAUGGUGUAUGUGGAGACCCUAGUAGAUGAUCCUCAUAAUACUUGACUCAUUGAAAAUAAACUGUAAUGUGACUAUUUUACCUAUAGGCUAUGAAAUCAUCUCACUUCAGUAAGAUACUUUCAUUUUUCACACAUAAAAUAUUUAGUAAACAGUUCUGAGUUUAUAAGACUCAUCAAUUUACCUAUAGUAGCAACUUGCUAGACUAGGGCUCAGCAAACUUGUAAAAGGACACACUGUAAACAUUUUAGGCUUUGUGAGCCAUAUGGUCUGUGCUAACUACACCACUCUAAUGUUAUGUACAAAAGCAAGCAUAAGUAGUAUAUAAAUGAAUGAAUAUGUGCUCUAAUAAAACCUAUGCUGAAAUUUAA